AGAACUGUCAGAGGAAUAACAUGUGAUGUUUUCAGUGCUAAAAUAUCAAAUUUUACGCUUGAUGGUGCCAAAUAUGAUGCUAUUUAUGAAUAUGCUUUCCUUUCAGACGGCUGGAAUGAUCUUCCGCUAUAUGCAACAGAAACAGAUGUUCAGCACUACCCUGUACAACUGGUGAUAUCGAUUCCUUCUGUCAAUUACAGCAGGGUGUACAAUUAUUUUGAAUUCGCUGAGGAUAUCGACAUUUAUCCGACCUUUGACAUUUCAAAUUGUUUUGAUGAAAAGCAAAAGCUCGGAUUUCAAAUAACAUUUCCAGGUGCCUAUAAUUUGGGAUUGCAAGAUCAGUGGACAGCAACAAUCUACAGCACCUUGGUCCAGACCAUGAAUGUGUUUCCAAUACGUGUUGGGGGAAUUACUAUCAGUAAUGAUGAUGACAAUGUGUAUGUCAAUGCAUAUGUGCUAACAUCCUCCGCUUUAGCUCAGUUUGAAAAGCUACCACAGUUUACUCUGGAGCAUGAAAAUGAUAAACUGAUGAAAGGAAUCACCACUGCAGAUGAAUGUGCUGCAUUAUGUAUAGAUAACAGCGACUUUGAGUGUGAAGGGUUUCAGUACUGCCAGUAUGAUGGAUUUGCGUGCUCGCUCAGCAAAGAUCACCUGACCACCCACAAGGUCACAUUCAAUGCCACCGCAUGUGACGAGUACACAAGGACUAUAAAAGUUGCUACAAAGAAAGAACCUCUUGUUAGUGAAGCGUACACAUUAUUAUUAAAUGCUGUUCAGCAAGGAACUCUGCAGAUAAAAAUAACAGACAAUCAAGGGAACACUGCUUUAGUUAAUUUAGAAACGUACUAUUCUUUCCUUAAUAUUAGUAAAGAUAACAGUGAUCUAGUUCAGAGUAGACCACUACCUUCUUUACCCAGUGCGUUCUCCUACAGACUGGAAACUGUUGUUCCUUCCUCGAGUACGGUUGAAGAAACCUAUGUUUGGUACGAUCAAAGCCUGGGUCUAGUGAGAUUCGAUACAAGAGACCCGUAUAGUGACGAACCAUACACGAUUACACAUAUUCAUGACUUUAGCAUCGGAGUGGCAUAUGAGAUAAAUCAGGUUACCGACAAAUGCACUGUAUCACCGAUAGCUAGCUCUGGCCUGUUUGAUGUCACCACGGGAACAGUCUCAUCGACCAGAAAUGGUGGACUCGUUGUGACCAUGAGUUCACCAAAUGCAUUGUUCUUUUUGGAUGACACUUAUACAUAUGUUGGCCAGAGCACCACAAGAGGUAUUCUAUGUGACGUAUUUGAGUCUAAAAGAGGAGACUUCGAUAUGGAGUAUUACAAUACGACCACACAGGACACUGUUUUUAAAUAUUAUUUCCAAGCUAACAGUUGGACAUAUAACUCACCACAAGCUUCAAGUUCAACACAGAAUCAACCUGUACAGCUGAAAAUAGAAGAUCGUUCUACUGGAUCAUAUUUGAUAUAUAACUUUUAUGACUUUGCUGAGCAACACUUCCCAGCCAGGUUUUACGAUACAACUCCAUGUUACAGUCCAGAUGAAAGAAAGAGCUUUGUCAUUAUUUUUAAAGAUCAGCCGUACCACCCAAACCUAGAUGAGGUAUCCAGCGCGUUCCUUUCGAGUGCCUUAGACAAGCUGGCAGAAUUGACAUAUACAUCUCCGAUAAGCUUUCAACGUGCAACAUUAACCUAUGAUGAUGAUGAUGUCUAUCUAAUUGUAACAGCACUGGGCCACACGUCUCUCAUAAACCUUUUCACGGCUGUAAUGAAAGUAGCCCACAACACCUCAGUCUCGCAGAUUAACGCACUGUCUCUAGACGACUGUGCUUCAGCAUGUGUCCUCGCACCCAAUUUUAUUUGUAACAGCUUUGACUAUUGUGUGGAUACAUCAAUUCCGAACUGUCUUUUGGGAACCCAGCAUGCUGAGAGUGAAGGGGAUAGCUCAAGUUCCAAUGGACCUUGUACACAUUUUUCUCGUAAAAAGAUUGCACAGAAUAUCCGUCUCCUAUUUCACAUUUCAUUAUCUUAUUUUUAUCAAUCCCAAUUUUCUAUUUCAAAUAAAGUUAAGUACUUUUCCACUGACGUUAGAGAUGAUAUUCUUCGCCCAACAGACCCAGAUGGAACUGCAGGUGGUUACAUGCAAAAGUUUGUCAUCACACCUGGAUAUCAAAUGGAUCAAAGUUUGAUUGCAGAAACUCAUUCGUCUGUCAGCGUAACUGACUGUGCAAUGUACUGUAUUCAGGAAAACACCUUCGACUGCCAGGCGUUUGACUAUCAGUUUUCUUUAAGAAAUUGCAGACUUUCAAACAUUCACCCAGAUGAGCUCAACAGCACAAACCCAGGUGUCACUCAAAAUCAGUUUUCGGCAGUAUAUGCAA